AAACCCAAACAAAACCCACGGUGACACAGGACAAGUCACAGGCACACAGCAAGACCGGAGACUGUAGAAACAGAGACGACGGGGAAAUGAAAUUUACGGACUCACCAGUGGUAGAGCUGUCGGUUCGCGGCGUGGACCUCUCCCUCCAGCAAGACAAUGGCUCCAUGCACGUCGGCACCUCCGUCUGGCCCUGCUCCCUCGUCCUCGCAAAAUUCGUCGACCGCUGGGCCCCACCCGCUCCGGACACGACCCCACACGGUCCCUACUCUCACCUCCUCGACUUCCGCGCUCGCCGCGCCGUUGAGCUCGGCGCUGGAUGCGGAGCUGCGGGGAUGGCUUUUCACCUUCUCGGCCUAACAGACAUCGUCCUCACGGAUAUUGCUCCGGUCAUGCCCGCCUUGAAGCACAACCUGAAGCGCAACAAGCGUGCCCUAGGAAAGGCACUAAAGACGUCAAUCUUGUACUGGAACAAUCGCGAACAGAUCAGGGCGUUGAAUCCGCCGUUUGAUCUGGUAAUCGCCGCCGAUGUGGUAUACAUCGAAGAAUCCGUAGGACAGCUGGUGGGGGCCAUGGAAGCGCUCGUGGCGGAUGAUGGUGCUGUGCUUUUGGGUUACCAGGUGAGAUCGCCAGAGGCCGAUAAGCUGUUUUGGGAAUUAUGCGAUAGCGUUUUCGUUAUCGAGAAGGUUCCUCAUGAGGACUUGCACCCCGAUUACGCCUAUGAAGAGACGAAUGUGUAUAUACUGAGGAAGAAGAAGUAGGUGUUGAUGUAGGAGAGUAAUGAAGUGGGACAUGGCUUGACUGCUGUCGAGGACGAUGAACAAGUCUAACUGGCUACCUUUAUUUGUCUUGGCAAGGCAGACGCUGGCACAGGUACUGAAUUGCAAGUGCAAGCGUUCUCUCAGUUUGUCUUACAUAGUUUUCAACUGACAAGAGUCUGACGUGGGUUGUAGAUACUGAAAUUUGAGCAGGUUAGGUUUUGAACCUCAUGGCCGCCGCGCUGGUUAAAAAGUGCAUUUUCUGUAUGAUUAGUGGACUCUUUCUGUAAGUUAUGGGAGAAUGGGAAGACAAAGUUGGAAUUCACACAAUGUACUGAUACUGAAAUCAAGUCAAUUAAUUUAAUUUACUGGGUA